AAAAAAAAACAUUAAAUAUUGUAGCUUUCCCUUCUGGUUCGACUUUUCUUCUUUUGUCUCCCAAAAUUUAGUUUCUCCUUUUAAGUCAGAUUCCUAAAUCCUAAAUCAUUCUUUCAGUCUUCUCUCUCGGCCUUCUUAGUUCAACAACUGUGUUAUCUCUAUGAACAGUUCCUUGGAUGAAGAACACAAAGUGAAAGUUGCUGUCUUUAAAUCCAGGAUUUGGUAAAUUCCCAUUGUUUCAUGGGCAAUUCUUGCCGUGGAUCUUUCAAGGACAAAAUCUGCGAGGGCAAUAACAAUAACCCUGAAGAUUACUCUAAAACCUCUCAUUCCGAUCACUCUCCCAACGCUGCAGACAUCAUUGCUCAAGAAUUCUCCAAAGACAACAACAACAGCAAAAAUCCAGCUCUUGUUAUUCCUUUAGGAGAACCAAUCAUGAGGCGUAACCCAGAUAAUCAAGCUUACUAUGUUCUUGGUCAUAAGACACCAAACAUUCGUGAUAUCUAUACCCUUAGCCGUAAGCUAGGACAAGGUCAAUUUGGAACGACUUAUCUAUGUACAGAGAUUGCCUCUGGCGUUGACUACGCUUGUAAGUCAAUAUCCAAGAGGAAGUUGAUCUCUAAAGAAGAUGUUGAGGAUGUUAGAAGGGAGAUUCAGAUAAUGCAUCAUUUGGCUGGCCACGGUAACAUCGUGACGAUUAAAGGAGCUUAUGAGGACUCGUUGUAUGUUCACAUUGUUAUGGAGCUUUGUGCUGGAGGUGAAUUGUUUGAUAGGAUUAUUCAGAGAGGACAUUAUAGUGAGAGGAAAGCUGCUGAGCUGACUAAGAUCAUUGUCGGGGUUGUUGAAGCGUGUCAUUCGCUUGGUGUUAUGCAUAGAGACUUGAAGCCUGAGAAUUUCUUGUUGGUUAAUAAGGAUGAUGAUUUCUCUCUCAAGGCUAUUGAUUUUGGGCUAUCUGUCUUUUUCAAACCAGGUCAAAUAUUCACUGAUGUUGUUGGAAGUCCAUAUUAUGUUGCUCCUGAGGUUUUGCUCAAACGUUAUGGGCCUGAAGCUGAUGUGUGGACUGCUGGUGUUAUACUGUAUAUAUUGCUUAGCGGAGUCCCGCCUUUCUGGGCAGAAACACAGCAAGGGAUAUUUGAUGCUGUGUGAAAGGGUGACAACCAAACAGCAUUAGACUUAUAUCUUCUUCUUUUUUGUAAUUCUUUUUCAGGUCAUCCAUGGAUCUGUGAGAAUGGUGUUGCACCAGAUAGAGCACUUGAUCCUGCUGUUCUGUCUCGUCUCAAGCAGUUCUCUGCAAUGAAUAAACUAAAGAAGAUGGCUUUGAAGGUUAUAGCUGAGAGCCUCUCGGAAGAAGAGAUUGCUGGCUUAAGAGAAAUGUUUCAGGCAAUGGAUACUGAUAACAGCGGUGCAAUCACAUUUGAUGAACUCAAAGCUGGGCUGAGAAAGUAUGGGUCUACCUUGAAAGACACAGAGAUCCAUGAUCUAAUGGAAGCGGCUGAUGUGGACAACAGCGGGACAAUAGAUUACAGUGAGUUCAUUGCAGCGACGAUUCAUCUCAACAAACUCGAGCGGGAAGAGCAUCUUGUCGCUGCGUUUCAAUACUUUGACAAAGACGGAAGCGGUUUCAUAACAAUCGAUGAGCUACAACAAGCGUGUGUUGAACAUGGCAUGGCUGAUGUUUUCCUUGAAGAUAUCAUCAAAGAAGUUGAUCAAAACAAUGAUGGAAAGAUUGAUUAUGGUGAGUUUGUGGAGAUGAUGCAAAAGGGAAAUGCUGGUGUUGGAAGAAGGACGAUGAGAAAUAGUUUAAACAUUAGCAUGAGAGACGCGUAGAGGUUGUUUUCCCCGGUGUUUAAUCUGCUUGUGCGAUUGUGACUGCAAAAAUGUUCUUUAUUCAUGGAAUCCACCACAUAGAAGGAGAAGAAAGAAGACCAAACCAGAUUCAUAGCUGUGGAUGGUUCGAGCUAAUGUUUAACGACUGUGUGAUUAAUCGUCAAGUAGCUUUGGAGGUUUUUUCUUUUACCUCUUUAUUGUUUGUUUGUUAUGGCCAUUGUUGAAGUUAGUGAGCUUUGUUCAUUAUCUGCCAUUGUUAAAACUUUGUUCACUCUUGUAUUUGAAAAUUGUAUUUGAAAAACAAAGUGUGUCUUUGUAUGCUAUGUCUAAGCAUUUUUAUUUUGAAAAA